AUGUCUUACGGCGGCAACGACGACUCCAACUACGGUUCCUCCCGCAGGGACAACGAGGACAGCUACGGCACCUCGGGAACCACCGGCGGCUUCGGCUCCUCCACCCGCGACAACGAGGAUUCGUACGGCUCCUCGCGCCGUGACAACGACAACGACAACAGCUACGGCUCCUCCAACACGGGCCGCAGCGGCAACGACUCGAGCUAUGGCUCGUCGACCCGUCGUGACAACGACACCUCGGACAGCUACGGCUCCUCGGGGCUGAGCUCGUCUCGCAGGGACAACGAUACCUCGGACUCGUACGGCUCUUCUCGCCGCGACAACGACAAUGACAACAGCUACGGCUCCUCCCGCAAGUCGGACAACGACACCUACGGCUCCGGCAACAAGACCUCGUCCUACGGAGACGACUCCACCUCCUCCAACCUCGCCGGCGCCGACUCCCUCUCAUACGGCAACACCAGCUCCAGCCGCCGCGACAACGACAACUCGGACAGCUACGGCUCCUCCGGCAACACUGGAUCCUACGGAUCUUCCCGCAGGGACAACGACAACGAUAACAGCUACGGCUCCUCCACCACCCGCCGUGACAACGACGACAGCUAUGGAUCGUCAGGUAAAACCGGCUCCUACGGCUCCUCCCGCAAGGAUAACGAGGACAGCUACGGCUCCUCCGGUAACACUGGAUCCUACGGCUCCUCCCGCAGGGACAACGACAACGACAACAGCUACGGAUCGUCUGGCAACACGGGAUCCUACGGUAGCAGUGGCAGGGACAACGACACCUCCGACUCGUACGGCAGCAGCAACAAGAGCGGCGGCGACAGCAAGGUCGGCAAGUUCCUCGAGAAGGCGGGUGAUUUGCUCAACAGCGACAAGCUCGAGUCCAAGGGCCAGUCGAAGCGUGAGAACGCCGGGUACGGGAACAACAACGAUGACUACUAG